AUGGCGAAGAUCAGUAAUUGGUUGAUUUUCCUGAUUCUGAUCAGUACAAGCACUCAAACAUAUAUAAACGAAGAUAUCCUUAAAGAGUGCCAAGUCCCAUACACAGUUAAGAAUAUAACAAGAACUUCUCAAGGGAUAGUAGCUUAUGCUUCUUUCAACCCUUCCUCAAAACUUAUUUCUGAUCAAAAUAAGAGCCAUACAAUUCAAAAGCUUACAAUUAAUAUUACUUAUGAAACAUCAGAAAGAGUCAGAAUCCAAAUAAAAGACACAGAACAUAGCAGAUGAGAAGUCCCAAAAGUAGUCGUCCCUUAUAACCAGACCUAAUUAAAAUAUGGCAUCUCAGUCAAGGCCUGGCCUCCCCAAGCAGCUUCGAGCAUAUUUUUAAUUAGAUCUGAAAGGCUUAGCCUGCCCAGGAAAUGCUAGAAAGCUAUAUUGGUUGUAUUUAGAACCUCGCCCAAGCUUUCUCCUAAAGGUUGGAUUUCACCUCAUGGAACAAUACCGACAAGAUAGCUGAGGACGAAGCAAAGAGGGUGAAGCUGCAGCUCACGGUGUGGGGUUGGGAGCUACUCAAUAACUUUAACUAACCUAACAUUGCAAUCAGACUACAUUUGAGCCAAAAUACGAUGUCAUGAUAGACGAAGAUCCUUUGGGAAUCCUCAUCAUUAGGAAAUCUGACGGAAAAGUCAUUUUUAACCUUGACCCAAACAGCUUGUUUUCUUACAUAGCCCAAGCCUCUAUUAAGCCUCGGGCUUUCCUGACAUAUCCCUUGAUCAAUUUGAGGUUGGAUUACCAGCAUUUGUUGGCAAGACCAACUCCUCAGAUGGCAAGUCCGCUCCUUAUUGGAGAUUUGCCAUCCGAAGAUUUGGUUUUACCUACAAAUCUUGGUAACCUAACUUCCUAUUGAUGUCGGGAUAUCCAAGCCAAAAGGAGUCUCGGGCUAUAAUGACCAAGAUAUCGCUUUUUUUAAUAUCCUUGACUAUGAUAUUAAAAUUAUGGGAUUUGGGGAAAGGGUAUCAAAUUUAACCUUAAAUAGAGGAGAAUAUACUAUGUGGUCUAGAGAUAGAUGCUCUCCUAUUGAUGAUGGAAAUAACCCUAAUGGAAAUAUGUAUUCUGUUCACCCAUUUUAUGUGGCAAUUGAUGAAGAUUUUAAGUGCUUUGGAGGCUUUCUGUUAAAUUCUAAUGCAAUGACAGGAUUUGUAGGGAAUAGUUAUGUUGGAUAUAGGACGACUGGAGGAAUAAUUGAUUUUUAUGUUUUUGUAGGCCCGACUGCUGCAGAUGUGGUCAGGCAGUAUCAAGAAGUUAUAGGUUUCCCAGCACUUGCCCCAUAUUGGUCUUUAGGAUGGCACCAAUCGCAUUGAGGCUAUAACAAUUUGACUAUAAUAGAAAAAAUAGUGGAUUUAUAUAAGCUAUACCUGUUUGCCAAGAAUAGCCCACUGAGGAGCAUUUUUUGGUUCGCAUUUCUUAAAAAUGGUUAGCCAGAAAAUAUGGCAUGCCAACGAAUUUGGCAAGCCAGCUAUUGUUCGGCUAACCAAAAAAUUCUCCUUAGUGGGCUAUUCUUGGUAAAUAAGUAUAUAAAUUCCUACUACUGAAGAUUAUAAAUUAAGCUUGGAUUAUAGCCAUUUAUAUACAAUAAGUAUAUGAGAUAUAAACUCCCGUUGGAUUCUAUAUGAAAUGACAUCGACUACAUGACAAAAUUCGAAGAUUUUACUCUAGAUCCUGACAGAUACCCUCACGAAGAAUUUUUAGCAUGAAUUGACCAUCUCAUAGUCUGCAUACAAAAAUAAAAUGGUGACCUAUCCUGCCAUACUUCUCCCAUAACCUCGAUGGUUUUAGAGCUAAGAGAGACAGGCCUAGAACUUGUCUCCGGGGUGGUUUGUUACCCGUACCAUAGGCAAGGAAACUAGAGUCCAUGUGACAAACUCAGGUAAAGUGACCAAGAGGAGGAUUCGGAUAGGUCAUCCCAACAGUUAGGAGUUGUCCAAAGAAUUACUUGGGUGCGUCAUCCAAGAGAUGGCGACGCAACCAUUUUUUAGUGACGUCGAGAGAAAAGGGCGUAAGUGCAAACCGAUGCUUAGGGGGAAGAAUCUGGAAUCAGCAAAGGCGUAGAUGGGCUGAAAUAAACCCCGAAGACAUACUCUACUAUAAUUAACCUAUUCAUAGCUUGCAUAAGCAUUAUGUCCCUAUAAUAGACGCUGGCAUUGCUAAACAAAACUAUUCUGCCUAUAACGAAAUGAUCCAAAAAGAGCUAUACAUAAAAGAUCCUUACAACUCAAACCCUGCUGAUGGUGUAGUAUGACCUGGAGACGCCGUAUUUUUAGACUGGUUUCAUCCAAAUACUUCAGAUUUUUGGGUCGACCAGCUAAUUGGCUUCUAUAAUUUGACUGAAUUUUCUGGUAUAUGAAUCGAUAUGAACGAAGCAAGCAAUUUUAUUAAUGGAGAUUUCGGCCAUCCAGCAACAAUCAUUAAUAGCACCACAAUGCCAUAUACUCCUGGAGAAGAUAUACCUAAUAAAGCUUAAUAAAUAAACAAAUUUUAUAGUAAAAAUCAUAAUUUAGUCUAUUAAAAUAAGAAUAUUAAUACAAAUUCUUUAGACGUCGCAUCAAUCCAUUAUGGAGGAAUAUUGGAAUAUAAUGUCCAUUCAUUAUAUGGAUUCAUGGAAACAAUUGCUACCAAUAGAUUUUUCACUGAAAAUUUAAAUAAGCGAGCUUUUGUCUUAACAAGAAGCAGUUUCCCUGGACAUGGGAGAUUUGGCUCUAAAUGGACCGGGGAUAAUUAUGCUAAAUGGGAGUAUAUGAGAUACUCAAUAAUAGGAAUUUUCAAUUUUGGGAUGUUUGGGAUUCCUCAUGUAGGUGCUGAUAUUUGUGGAUUUAUUGGAGAUACCACUGAAGAAUUAUGUACAAGGUGGAUGCAGCUGGGGUCACUUUAUCCAUUCGCAAGAAACCAUAAUGAUAAUCAAGCUCUUCCUCAAGAACCUUGGGCUUUUGGAACAAAUAUGCUUGAGACUUCUAAUAUGGCUAUAAGAAAUCGAUAUUUUCUUAUGCUUUAUAUCUAUACUGAAAUGUUUUUUACCAGUUUUUCAGGAGAAAUGUUUUUUAAGCCUACAUUUUUUAGUUAUCCAUAUGAUAGAAUAUUGUAUGAAAAUGUGAUUAACCAUUUUAUGCUAGGAAAAUCAUUAAUAGUUCACCCAUGCUUGUGGAAAGGGGUAAGCAGGGCAGAUUCUUAUUUUCCAGGUGAUAUUUGAUAUAAUUUUUAUAGUGGAGCUCGCAUAAAGCUAGAUAAAACUUAUAUGCCUCUAAAUCUUAUUUGGCGCGUUUAGACUGAACAAAUGGCUCUGAUAAUGAUUAGUCUUUUGAAUAAUGAAAAAACAAAACUAAGUCUUCUUUUUGGUAAUCGCCAAAAACCAUUUUUAUUUGGCUACUUAUUGAUUUAGGUUUUAAUGUGUUUCUUCUCCUCAACAAAUAAUUUAGACAUGCCUAGGCCAUCCUUUUAACCCUAAAUUAAUAAGUCAUGAGCCAUCUCCUUCGCUAUCUUUACAUCUGGCUAAGCCAUGGAACUCUUUAUCAAAUGACUCUAGAGAGUCUUCAUAAGGAUUACCCUCACUGAUUCUGUCUCCUCUCAGUAAUCUGCCUAAAUGUCUCCUUCCUCUGGAGUAGUAAGUAGGUUAAACCCUAUAUCUCCUAAAAUCCAAGGAUUUGAGUUCUAGCCUAUGGACUAGAGCUUUCCCAAUUCGCUGAAUAACCCACUGAGAAAACUCAGCCUCAUAAUAAAAAAUGCCAUUUUAAUCUUCAAAUAAAAGUCUAUAUUAAGCUAAAAUGGCUUCUAGGAUAUGUUAUAUCUUUAGAAAUGCCUUUGCAUGGGCUUAUAAAUAUUCAUGUGAGAGGUGGAUCUAUAAUUCCUCUACUAGACUCUGCAGACACUGCUUUAAGUGUAGAAGAACUCAGAAACUCUAAUAUAACUCUACUGGUUGCAUUAAAUUCUAAUCUGGAAGCAGCAGGAAGAGCUGUUUUUGAUGAUGGGAUUUCAUCUGGAACAAUUAAUGAGGGAAACUAUACUAGAAUGGAUUACCACUGGAGGUUUAUGAAUUACUCGACUGAUAUAUUGGAUAUUCAGCCUAUAAAUAGUAAAUAUGAGUCUGAAAAUGAGUUUCCGCAUAUUUCGAAUAUAAAAAUAUAUGGCUGUUCAAGCCUUCCUAAACAAGUAGAGAUAUUGAUUGAUAAUAGAGUUAUUCAAGGAUCUAUUAUAAAUGACCCAGGAUUAAUUCCAGAUGUUUGCAAAAUCGAAAUUUCAAAUUCUAAUGGAAAUUUCUCACCAAAUCGGCCAAGUCAAGUCAUUUUUCGAUACUAA